AAUGAGGGCUUCCCUGGGGAAGAAUCUGUGACAUCAGGAGAGGUUCUUACCAAUUACAGGGCUGGGGGGCGGCUCCAGGAGUUCUGUAGAGCUGACUUGUAGGAACACUUGCCAAAUGACAGACUAGUAAUGUUUGACUAAAGUUUCUGGUGGAUGGAAAACGUACGAAAUGGAGCGUGAUGAUGAUGGCUCAGCACCAGGUUUGACAUCAAUGAGGACAGGUUGACCUCCAACGCUGAGAUGACCUCUAUUGCUGAUGCUUUCCUGGACCCGUCUAAGACUGCCUUCCUAGAGUUCGGCCAUGGACCACCGUCUUCUUCACAAAGCCAACACUCUCCGGUUUUGGCGCACGGACAUUAUUCGUUGCAUGGCUUCCACCCGGCUGGCCAUGACGGUCUGUUUUCUCCUGGGGCUUCGGCCUAUGGAGGACGGUCAUUCCCAUACCCCUAUUCUACCUCUGCAGCCAAUCAACAUCAUAAUGGGAGCCCAUACAUGAGCUACCAGCAUUACAGUAAUACAUUUAACCAUGGCGGGAGACUACAUGAAGACCCCGAGCUGGAAAAAUCCACGGUGAUAGAAAAUGGAGAAAUCCGAAUUAAUGGAAAAGGGAAGAAAGUCCGGAAACCUCGAACAAUAUAUUCCAGUUUACAGCUCCAGGCCCUCAAUCAUAGGUUCCAGCAAACGCAGUAUUUAGCCCUUCCGGAAAGGGCGGAGCUUGCCGCACAACUUGGCCUGACUCAGACUCAGGUGAAAAUAUGGUUUCAGAACAAGAGAUCCAAGUUCAAAAAAGUCAUCAAGCACGGUCCUAGUGUCCAAGACGGAGAUCACUCUCAGAAUUCCUCAUCGGUUUCUCCAUGUUCCCCCAAUGCUCCUCCAAUGUGGGACUUUCCUUCAGCUGGAAGAACUGCCCCCAUGCCCUCUGAUUACUUGAACAAUUUCAACCCCUGGUACCAGAAUUCAGAUACUCUGCCCAGGCCGCCAAUGUUAUAACAGAAAAAACUGUCUUUGACCUUGUUGGGAUCCACAAGGAGAACAGAACUAAUAUGGAAGCCCUGUUAUAGCGUCAUGGAUUACAGAAGUGAUUCCAAUUCAAAUCCUGUCUUCCAUGUAGUAAUGACUGAUGCUGAUG